CGGUGAGAGAAAACCAAAUAUAGACUUGCCGAUCAGCAGACUACACACCGGUACCAUUGUUCAAUCCGUCAGCUGGUACAUCCUGUAAUAAGGUUUCCCCAUCGAACAUGCCGGCCACGGUAAUGGACAAGGAUUCCAUGAGGGAAGCUUACCAAGAUGUACGUGACGAUUCGAGUGAUACUAUAUGGUAUGUUGUGCUUUCUCCCCCACAAUACCACCAACUCGAACAGGGCCACGUUUGGAUACCAGGAGAACAAUCUGGUCCACCUGAGCUCAGGAUCGGAGUUUGAACAGUUUAGGGAACAAUUCAACGAUGACGGCCGCAUUUUCGGUUUCCUCCGUGUGACGGCUGGGGACGAGCUGAGCAAACGCAGCAAAUUCAUCCUCAUCACGUGGGUGGGAGAAAACGUCAGUCCACUGAAGAGGGCAAAGGCUGGGACGGACAAAGCACUGGUGAAACAAGUCAUACAGAGCAUUGCUACAGAGAUCAUGACCAGUGACCUUGCUGACAUAGACUUGGACUUUAUCAUGGAUGAAGUCAAGAAGGCAGGAGGAGCCAACUAUGGAACAGGGGUCCGCAAUUAAUGACCGGCUGCAUGUCAGCUGGGAACUUCUACAAAACACAUUUUAAAAUGUUUUCCAAAGAAUAUGAAUACUAACUUGAGCAUAGUAUUACAAUAUUCUGUAGUUGUAGUAUCUUGCAAUUGUUGGUUUUGUUUUUCUUAGACUGAAGCCAGUAUGUAGUAGACUGCAAAUCAUCAUAGAAGUGAGAAUGUGGUAGUUACAUUGAGCAAAUGGAUGUUGAUGUAAAGCAAUGCAGAAUGUAUUCUGCCAUGGCAAAUAUGUGCAAAUCCCAAAAGCCUCCCUACAAUUGAUCUCAAUGGCUCAUAUCUGCUGGCUUCCAUUAGUGAUCAAACUUUGAACACAUCUAUUGUUCCCUGUCACAUGCAGCAGUAAAGCUGUACUUUCAGACAACAUUCAUUGUGAACUGAGCAAAUAGAGAGGUCCACAACUGUAAUGAACUUGUCAAUUCUUAAGUACAACUUUGAAAACAUUAAUGCUAACAUGAUUUAGUGCACACCAUUUUAUUUGUCAUUUUAUCUAUUUAUCAUCUAAGAGUAAUGAAAAUAAAACAAAUUCCAGAAUACAAACAUUUUCUGUCUGUACUGAGAAAUAAGUUUAUGCCAGAUCUUACUAUGAACCAAGGAGAUUAAAAAUAUAUCUUAGCCAACAAGCACAUAUUAAUGUCCCUGGUCUAUUUAGGAUGAUGUGUGUCAAUCCUGCACAUGAUGUUGUUUUAAUUUUUCACCCCUUAUAACUAACGCUAGUUCACAUAGAGAUACAAAGUCGACUGAUGUGGUUUCAAACUGUAAUGCUAAUAUUUGAAAAUAUGUGCAGAUUGAAACCAUCAUCAGUCGACUUUAUAUAUCUCAAUACCUUUUUUUAAGACAUCCUGUGGAUAAAGGUGAACCCGUGUUACUUAAAUGAUGUCAUCUUUUACUUCUAUCUUCAUCUUAACAUGCAUUCACACUGCUGCUGUUGUUUAUAAAGCCACCUCAAACAUGUGGGACUGGUAACCAAUAAAAGCUGUUGUUGACAGCAGUUC